GCGACAGCCAGGAGCGUGAUUCGGACCAUGGCGACCCCCGGCGCGCUGCUGGUGAUGGGUGUGAGCGGCUCAGGGAAGUCGACCGUGGGCGCCCUGCUGGCAGCCGAGCUGGGGUGGAAAUUCUAUGACGCAGAUGACUACCACCCAGAGGCAAAUCGUCAGAAGAUGGGAAAGGGGAUACCGCUGAAUGACCAGGACAGGAUCCCGUGGCUGUGCACUUUGCAUGACAUUUUACUAAGAGAUGUAGCCUCCGGACAGCACGUGGUUCUAGCCUGUUCAGCCCUGAAGAAAAUGUACAGAGACAUCUUAAGAAGAGGAAAGGAUGGCCUCCCUUGCACGAGUGAGGAGCUGGGGAAGGAGGAGAAGCAGGCAGGGGUGCAGCUUUUGGUGGUGCACCUGAGUGGGUCAUUUGAGGUCAUCUCUGGGCGCCUGCUCAGAAGGAAGGGCCACUUUAUGCCCCCCGAGUUACUGCAGUCCCAGUUUGACACCCUCGAGCCCCCGUGUGCUCCAGAAAACUUCAUCGAGAUCAGCGUGGACAAGAGUCUCCCUGAGAUCACAGCAACAGUCCUGGAAACUCUGAAAGGACCAUGAAACCACUCCAGGCCCGGACCAGACGACAGCCGGCACCCACAUCUGGCCCAGUCUCGUGUCGUCACCCUGUUCAUACUGCACUCUCGGUUCUUCCUGGGAGGAACAUUCCAAAUGGUGUCCGGAAACCCUGCGGUGGGGUGUUGUCAGGGAUUGGGGAUCCACGUGACACAGGAGCAGAAAGAAAGGAAUCAGGAUUAACUUGAAGUUGAAAGUUAACAAACUCAGUCGUGUGAUCAGAGGAAGCUUUGUAAUCAGUAUCCUCACUGGGUUCCAACCCGGGUGCCUUAAUCUGCAGGAAUAAAGGCAACUCGGCUGGAGCCUGGACACUGGCUCUACGGCGAGAAAGUGAAAAAUUCGCCACUCAUCAGCAUGACCUCUCACAGCAUGCCUUCUCAUCCUCCGUCCUUGACCUGCGGUCCGCAGCAGUGGCUUGUAAGAGAAGAUCCCAGUGGCAAGUAACCGAGAACAAACUUGAACUCGGCCAUGAAUACAAACAUGCUUGCCAGCAGCAACAACAAUUUUCUUGCCUUUUGGCUAAAAUUAUGUCAGCUCAGGGAUGGACAUUUGGCAUAGCUAUUGAUUCACCUUUUUGGGCACCCACACCACAUCAUGCAGUGCCUGGUUCGAGUCCCAGUCACUCUGCUUCUGCCCCAGCAGGGACGGCUCGAGUUCAUGAGUUUCUGGCACUCAUGUAGGAGGCCCAGGUGCAGUCCCUGGCUCCUGGCUGUGGCAGUCACUGCGGGAAUAAUCCAGUGAUUGAGAAAUCUCUGCCUAUCUAUCAAAUAAAUAAGUAAAUUUUUAAAAUGAGGAAGGGGUGGGACUCACAGACACCAUGGUAAGUUAAUUUAAAAGAUGUCUGAUACCAAAAAAUGAAAAACUAUACAUAUGAGAGGUCUUCAAAAAGGUCAAGGAAAAU